UCCGUCUUUCAUUAUCCGCCUCUCAUUCAUCGGUUCCUAAACCCAUUUCGCUUUCUUAGAUUAUUUUUUCUCAGAUCUCUUCUCUCUCCCAAACCAUCCUCUAUUUCUUUUCUCUGGGGGUGUUUCUCUGGAGGAAGAAAUAUUUUCUUCUAGCGAUCUCGUCGAUCUUUUUUCUGGGUAUAUUUUUUGUCUUUGCAUGGCUUAGUGGAUGAUUGUUGUUUGUGUCUGAGAUUGUUAUAAAAGAAAGAAAAUGGAAACACCAAACGAGAUAAAAGCUUCACCGGGAAACAACCUCAGAAACAGAGGAGCUGUUGGGAACGACAGCAAGAAAGACAUGAUUUUCCGAGCUGACAGGAUCGAUCUGAAGAAUUUGGACAUUCAGCUGGAGAAACAUCUGAGUAGGGUUUGGUCAAGAAACAUCGAGAAGAAUCCAAAGCCUAAGGAAGAGUGGGAAAUCGAAUUGGCCAAACUGGAGAUGAGUAAUGUUAUUGCUCGUGGUGCUUAUGGUAUUGUCUACAAAGGCAUCUAUGAUGGUCAAGACGUUGCAGUGAAAGUGCUUGAUUGGGGAGAAGAUGGUUACGCGACAACGGCUGAGACUUCAGCUCUUCGUGCUUCGUUCCGACAAGAAGUUGGGGUUUGGCACAAACUUAACCAUCCAAAUGUCACCAAGUUUGUUGGAGCAUCAAUGGGGACAACAAAUCUGAAGAUACCUUCAUCAGCUGAGAUGGAGAACUCGUUGCCUCAGAGAGCUUGUUGUGUGGUUGUGGAGUAUCUUCCUGGAGGAACUCUUAAGCAAUAUUUGUUCCGUAACAGGCGAAGGAAACUCGCUAUUAGAGUUGUGGUUCAACUCGCUCUCGAUCUCUCCCGAGGGCUAAGUUAUUUGCAUUCAGAGAGAAUCGUUCAUCGCGAUGUGAAAACAGAGAACAUGCUAUUGGAUUAUCAGAGGAAUCUAAAGAUUGCUGAUUUUGGAGUGGCUAGAGUUGAAGCUCAGAAUCCAAAGGACAUGACUGGAGAAACUGGUACUCUUGGAUACAUGGCUCCAGAGGUUCUUGAUGGUAAGCCAUACAACAGAAGAUGCGAUGUUUACAGCUUCGGGAUAUGCUUGUGGGAGAUUUAUUGUUGUGCUAUGCCUUAUCCUGAUCUCAGCUUUGCUGAUGUUUCUUCUGCUGUUGUUCGUCAGAAUCUGAGACCAGACAUACCGAGAUGUUGUCCGACAUCAUUAUCGAACAUAAUGAAGAGAUGUUGGGAUGCGAAUCCGGUGAAACGGCCAGAGAUGGAGGAAGUCGUGAAGAUGCUUGAAGGAGUCGACACUUCCAAAGGUGGCGGAAUGAUCCCGGAAGAUCAGAGACCUGGCUGUUUCUGCUUUGUCUCCGGUCGUGGUCCUUGAAUUUUCAUUUUUUAUACCCCUCUUUGGCCAUCUUAUUAUUAUUAUUAUUCUUACAUUUCUACAUUGCAUUGUGGAGCAUUAUAUUUCUUUGUUUUAUUUUUCUCUCUAAUCUGUUCAGAUAAAAAGUUUUCGCUAUAAGAGAAGAAUAUAUAUUAUAUAAUUUA